CCCGCCCGCCUCCCGCCGCCGCCGCGAGCGAGCGAGCCCAACUCAACCCCCACCCUUCCACUCCCAGAUCCCCCUCCGCCUUUGGCGCCGCCCUCCAGAUCUCGAUCCCGCGCGGCCGCGGCCAUGGCCACCGCCGCCCUCCGCCUCGCUGUAAUUGUGGCCGUGGUGUGGUCGUCGUCGGCCGCGUGCCCGCACACCAACCUCACCGCGGGCUUCGCUGCGGACUUCACCAUGCUGCAGCACCAGCUCCGCGGCAGGGUCAGCCUCCCGGACGACGGCUCCUGCGCGCUGCGGCUCACCCGCUUCGACCUCCUCGCGGCCUCCUCCUCCGCGCGCUUCUGGGCCGCGGAGGGGGCCUCCCUCGCCGACCUCGCCGCCGGCCGCCCCUUCUCGCCCCACGCGCUCAACGCCACCUUCCGCAACGCCACCCUCCUGCUCCCCUUCUCCAGCCCGCUCCCGCCGCUCCUCGCACUCUACGACCCCGACACCUCCUCCGACCUCGGCCACGUCUUCCUCCCCGUCUCUGGCUCCAACGACUCCGGCGCGCCGGCGACUGUGCCCACCAUGUUCGAUAACUGCCUCCCUCUCGCGGAUAACAAAUACCGUCUCCGUUGGACGCUCAACGCCUCUGCCGCCACCGUCGAGAUCGGCCUCGAGGCCGCCGUCGGCUCCGAGUACUACAUGGCGUUCGGCUGGGCGGACCCCAAGGCCAAUUCUCCCGCCAUGAUCCAUUCCGAUGUUGUCGUCGCCGGCUUCACCGAGGAAGGUAUGCCAUUUGCCGAGGACUACUACAUAACCGACUACAGCGAGUGCACCCUGGGGACGGAUGGAUCACCGGUUUCUGGCGUCUGCCCUGACAAUGUUUACGACGAGGGGAAGAAUGAUUCCAGGCUGGUGUAUGGUCACCGGCGGGAUGGAGUGUCUUUCGUGAGGUAUCAGAGGAAACUUGAUACCGAGGAUGCCAAGUAUGACGUGCCAGUGAGUGCCACAGAGGAGAUGGCAGUGGUCUGGGCCACUGGGAAGCUGCGUCCGCCGGAUUCUCUAAGGGCGCACUACCUCCCGCAGAACCACGGGGGGCCUAGGGACUCAACCUAUGGGUUUGCAAGGGUGAAUUUGUCGGAAACGGUGGACAGUUGCAACGGACCAUUGGAUGCUGACAACAAGGAGGAUCAGGAAAGGAUCAUCGCAGAUGCAAAGACACCCCUGGUGGUGACAUCUGCUCCAGCUGUGCGCUACCCAAACCCACCAAACCCUGACAAGGUGAUUUACAUCAACAAGAAGGAGGCUCCUCUGCUGAAGGUCGAAAGAGGUGUGCCGGUGAAGUUCUCGGUGCAGGCUGGUCAUGAUGUUGCACUUUACAUCACUUCAGACCCAAUUGGUGGGAACGCUACACUGCGGAAUAAAACAGAGGUCAUAUAUGCCGGUGGCCGUGAUUCUCAUGGUGUACCAGCAACUCCUACAGAGCUGCUUUGGCUGCCUGAUCGGAAUACACCUGAUCUAGUCUACUACCAGUCAUUAUAUGAACCGAAGAUGGGCUGGAAAGUUCAAGUGGUUGAUGGAGGCCUUAGCGACAUGUAUAAUAGCAGCGUCCUUUUGGAUGAUCAGCAGGUUACUCUGUUUUGGACCCUGUCCCAUGAUUCUAUAUCUAUAGCAGCUCGAGGUGAGAAGAAAAGUGGGUACCUUGCUAUUGGGUUUGGGACUGGGAUGCUGAACAGUUAUGCUUAUGUUGGCUGGGUUGGCAAUGAUGGAGUUGGACGAGUUAAUACUUACUGGAUCGAUGGAAAGAGUGCAACGGGCAUUCAUCCCACAUCUGAAAACUUAACCUAUGUCAGGUGUAAGUCAGAAAAUGGCAUUAUUACAUUUGAGUUUACUCGUCCUCUCAAGCCCCCCUGUAGUGGACGGGUAGAGUGUAAGAACAUCAUUGAUCCAACCACGCCCCUCAAGGUAAUUUGGGCUAUGGGUGCAAGCUGGUCAGGAAACAGCCUGACAGGCAAUAACAUGCAUUCUGUCACAAGCAGUCGCCCCAUACGCGUGCUUUUGUUGAGAGGUUCCGCAGAGGCAGAACAGGACUUGCGUCCUGUUUUGGCUGUUCAUGGGUUUAUGAUGUUUGUUGCCUGGGGCAUCUUGCUUCCUGGUGGAAUACUGGCAGCCCGGUAUUUGAAGAGUUUAAAAGGUGACGGAUGGUACCAAAUACAUGUCUAUCUGCAGUAUUCAGGAAUUGCUAUAAUGUUCCUUGGUGUCCUUUUCGCUGCAGCCGAGCUCCGAGGUUUUUAUGUCAGCUCAGUGCAUGUUAAAUUUGGCGUUGCGGCUCUGCUGUUGGCAGGUCUUCAGCCACUAAAUGCCUACUUCCGUCCCAAAAGACCAGCUAAUGGUGAGGUUUCAUCCAGGAAUCGUGUACUCUGGGAGUACCUGCAUGUUAUCACAGGCAGGUCGGCAAUCAUUGUUGGAAUUGUGGCACUUUUCACUGGAAUGAAGCAUUUAGGCCAUAGGUAUGAUAGUGAGAAUGUAGAGGAGCUCACUUGGGCAUUGAUGCUGUGGGUGCUUUCAGCUAUAGUUGUAGCAUUGUACUUGGAGUAUAAAGAGGUCAAACGGGGGAGUGGCGACAGAAGCUUCAGAGGGCAUUGGGUAUUAGGUAACACCGAGGAAGAUGAUUCAGUUGAUCUUUUGCAUCCUGACAGUACAAACAGGAACUCAGAAUCUAGUACUUCCGGUUUGAUGGAGGUUCAGCUUGAACCUCUUGCUAGAUGACCUAUAUCAAUAUUUAUCUCCCAGUGUCAGAUACAAAUACACCCAUUCCUAUUUUCACAAAUAUGGAUGAGAUCCACAGGUCCCGAUAAUUUGCUAAUCCAAGAGGAAUCUGAAAUUUAUAUGACAGGAUGAUGUCAGGCAACUCAAGGCCUCAAAACUACGUCUUAAAUUUCCUAUUUACAUUGUAUAGUGUACAUUUUUGACAAUAGACAGGCACAAUUUGUUACAUUACACCAAGCUAUUCUUUUUCAGUCAGAUUUAGAGAGGAGGGAUUUUAGUUGAGGUCCAUAUUUGCAUUUGCAACAUUAUUAGCUGAGCUGUGUAUUGAAGAGGAUGUUAGAACUUGUGUAUCAUAUCCACUCUGAAGUCGGACACUGUUUCAUUUUGAGAUGAGGCAAAGAGAUUUUACACU